AUGGUCCGACCAGAGUUUUCUCUUUUUCUUUUCACCAGCUCUUAUGGUUUUUUUGUUUCUCUUUCUUUACGAUUUUCUUCACUUUACGGUUGA